CCGGGCCUUCCAACUUUCUCCUUUUGGAACCGAUUGACUCGAAGGCGGUUGCGCCGCUCUGCAAUUCCCCGCUAAUUUACGCUCCUUACCUCCUCCAUAUUUACGUGCGCACACACACACACACACUCCUUUCCUGUGGAUGUCGGCGUCGCAGAGGAUCAUUUUCCGUUUCAACGUUGCCCGCUUUUCUCGCUAUCCUUCUUCUACUUCUUCUUCACCUGCUUCUCUCCCUUCCAGAACCUUCAUCUUCAUCCACUCUCGCUCUCUCACUUUCUCCACUUCACUCUUCCGUCCACCACCUAUGUCGCAGAAGCAGAAAAGGGGUGGUUUUAGGGAACAAAGAUGGCAAGAAAAGCCAAGUUCCAAUAGGAUACCCAGUUCAUCCUCAAAAAUGGAGCCUGCAGCUGCUGCUGCUGUUGAAGAUGUCACCAGUGGAAUCAAUUUGCUGGAUAUUGCGGACAAAAAUGUGCACUCUAGUGUUCCAUUGCCACAAUUGCAGUUUGGAGGCAUUGGAACGAUAAAUAAGAUACCAGCUCAUAGUCAAAAGGUUGUUUGGAAGCAGAAAUCUUAUGGAAAAGUAAGUGGACCAGCAGCAGUUGAAGUUGGAAAUGCUCCAACUAAUCAAGCUUCAGCUGAAGUCCAGACUAAUGGAGUUAACAAACCAAUAAAUGGGCAAAAGAAUGCUGCUCUUAGCAAUGUAUUUAGAGGUAAUUUACUGGAGAAUUUUACAGUUGGCAAGUCCACGUUCUCACAAGCUCAAGUAAGAGCUACAUUUUAUCCCAAAUUUGAAAAUGAGAAGUCUGAUCAAGAGAUUAGAACACGGAUGAUCGAGAUGGUGACCAGAGGUUUGGCCACAGUGGAGGUAUCUCUUAAGCAUUCUGGAUCUCUAUUUAUGUAUUCGGGACAUGAGGGUGGAGCAUAUGCCAAAAAUAGCUUUGGUAACAUUUAUACUGCUGUUGGUGUCUUUGUUCUAGGACGGAUGUUUCAAGAAGCUUGGGGUCCUCAUGCAAGCAGGAAGCAAGAAGAGUUCAAUGAAUAUCUUGAGAAAAACCACAUGUGCCUAUCAAUGGAACUAGUCACUGCUGUCUUGGGAGAUCAUGGGCAGCGUCCACGGGAAGAUUAUGUAGUUGUUACUGCAGUAGCAGAAUUGGGGAAUGGAAAACCAAAGUUUUAUUCAACUCCAGAUAUAAUUGCUUUUUGCAGAAAGUGGCGCCUACCAACAAAUCAUGUGUGGUUAUUCUCAACAAGGAAGUCAGUGACGUCUUUUUUUGCUGCAUUUGAUGCCCUCCGUGAGGAGGGAACAGCAACCUCUGUCUGCAAGGCUCUGGAUGAAGUUGCUGAUAUAUCUGUCCCUGGAUCAAAAGACCAUAUAAAGGUGCAAGGCGAUAUUUUGGAGGGUCUUGUGGCUCGUGUUGUAAGGUGUGAGAGCUUGGAACAUUUGGAGCAGGUGUUAAGGGACUUUCCUCUGCCACCAUUAGAGGGUGCUGGCUUAGACUUGGGACCAACCCUUCGUGAAAUUUGUGCUGCAAAUAGGUCAGAUGAGAAGCAGCAAAUAAAAGCACUUCUCAAUGGUGUUGGUACCGCAUUUUGUCCAAAUCAUCUAGAUUGGUUUGGGACUGAAACAUCGAAUUCACAUUCGAGAACUGCUGACCGAUCUGUAGUUUCAAAGUUCUUACAAGCACAUCCUGCUGAUUAUUCAACUGCAAAAUUACAGGAAAUGGUUCGUCUAAUGAGGGAAAGACGAUAUCGUACUUCCUUUAAAUGCUUCUAUGACUUUAAAAAAUUUAAAGAUGUAUCCAGUGACAACCUGCACUUCAAAAUGGUGAUCCAUGUGUUUAAUGAUUCAGUAUUCCGGCAAUACCAUAAGGAGAUGAGGCGAAAGCCUGAAUUGUGGCCACUAUAUCGAGGCUUUUUUGUUGAUCUGAACUUAUUCCAAGCCAAUGGGGAAACUGCUGCUGACAUUUUAAAAGGCAGCAGUCAAAUGGUAAAAGGUGAUGAUGAUAACAAUAGCUUAGCUGAUGAAGAUGCCAAUCUGAUGGUCAAGUUGAAAUUUCUUACAUACAAGUUGAGAACUUUUCUGAUACGUAAUGGCUUGCCAAUUCUUUUUAAACAAGGCCCAAUGGCAUACAAGACCUAUUAUCUCAGGCAAAUGAAGAUAUGGAACACUUCACCAGCGAAACAACAAGCAAUGAGCAAGAUGCUAGAUGAAUGGGCUGUGUACAUACGCAGAAAGCAUGGGAAUAAGCAACUCUCCUCAUCCAUAUAUCUCAGUGAAGCCGAGCCUUUCCUAGAACAGUAUGCAAAGCGAAGCCCACAAAACCAGGCAUUGAUUGGAGCUGCUGGAAGCUUUGUGAAAUCUGAAGAUUUCCUGGCUAUUACUGAUGGACGAGAUGAAGAAGGUGAUCUUGAGCAUGAGAAGGAUGUGCCACCACUAGGCCAUAGUAUUUCUAGCAAGGAUACUGUUAUGAAGGAUGAAGGUCUCAUUGUUUUCUUUCCAGGAAUACCUGGUUGUGCUAAAUCUGCACUAUGUAAGGAAAUAUUGAAUGCCCCAGGAGGUCUUGGGGAUGAUCGGCCACUUCAAAGUUUAAUGGGUGAUCUUAUUAAAGGUAGAUACUGGCAGAAGGUUGCUGAUGCACGCAGGGCAAAGUCUUAUUCAGUAAUGCUUGCUGACAAGAAUGCACCAAACGAGGAAGUCUGGAGACAGAUUGAGGAUAUGUGUCGAAGCACCAAAUCAUCUGCAAUUCCAGUUGUGCCUGACUCAGAAGGAACUGAAAGAAAUCCAUUUUCGCUUGAUGCUCUUGCCGUUUUCAUAUUUCGAGUCCUACACCGAGUUAAUCAUCCGGGAAAUCUUGACAAGUCAUCACCAAAUGCUGGCUAUGUAUUGCUAAUGUUUUAUGAUCUUUAUGAUGGCAGGAGUCGAGAGGAGUUUGAGACUGAUCUGAUCGGACGUUUUGGCUCACUUGUCAAAAUACCUUUACUAAAAUCCGAAAGGUCUCCUUUACCGGAUUCUGUGAAGUCUAUUUUGGAGGAAGGAAUGAAGUUGUACCAUCUCCAUACUAGUAGGCAUCGGAGGUUGGAGCCAGCAAAAGGGACAUUUGCAAAAGAGUGGGCUAAAUGGGAGAAAGAACUACGAGAUGUGUUGUUUGCAAAUGCUGACUAUCUUAAUUCAAUACAGGUUCCAUUUGAAUUUGCUGUUAAACAAGUAUUGGAACAACUGAGGUCUAUUGCUACGGGUGAGACACCAGCAAUUGAGAAGAGGAAGCUUGGAACAAUUGUGUUUGCUGCCGUCAGCUUGCCUGUUACAGAAAUCCAAAGUCUUCUUGAUAAUUUGGGUAAGAAAGACUCUGAAGCCGGAUCUUUUCUUAAGGACAAAAACUUGGAAAGCCGCCUUCAAAAGGCUCACGUGACACUUGCUCAUAAAGGAAGUCACAGUGUGGCAGCUCUUGCAAGUUUUGCUCCCUUUCUUCAUCAACAGGUGCCUGUAGAAAUAACGGCUCUAUUAUUCUCUGAAAGGGUGGCUGCACUUGAAGCUUGCAUUGGCUCUAUUAAUGGUGAAAAGAUUCACUCUAAAAAUGAAUGGUCUCACGUGACAUUAUGGACCAGCAAAGGAACUGCGCCUGUAGAAGCCAAUUCACUACCGCAAUUACUUCAAGAAGGAAAGGCCAAGCGUGUAGAGAUUGAGCCACCCAUCGCAAUAACAGGAGUCAUUCAAUUCUAUUGAUUGCUGUUUUCAAUCAGUUUCUUACGAAAAUAAUUCAUUCAAUAUGUGAACUGCAAAAAAAAUUGGCAAUUUUGAAUGCCUAGUUGGGGGUAUGAAUUUUGCAGGAAAGGGGUACUUAUAGUCGUUGAAAUUAGGAAUGCUGCAUAGUGGUCAGCUCUUCAAAAUUCGUUUGUAUAUAGCAUUCAGUCUUUACUCUCGAUCCUAUAGAGUAAUAGGCAUAUUUGCAAAUUAUAGAGUUUCUGAAGUUCUUCAGAAAAUUAGACAA